AUGUUCUCAUCGAUUUUCUAUAUUUUUAUUCUUGUUAGUGUUCGGAAUAUCACAAGAAAUGCCUCAAGUUUCUUGAAAACCCGCCCGGAAAAAGUGAUUGUUUCUCAAACCCUGGUUCUACUCUUGGUCAAAUUAUUAUGCCUUCCGACAAUAUAUUUGAUAACUCAACUUGUGCAUGACUACAAUCUGAAUAGUAUUAUAAACAUGGUAAAAAAAGAAAAAAAAACGUUGCGGGGAGGGGGGAUCGAACUUGCGCCAAAACCCUGACAACCUAUCCACUUAUCCACUCGGACACGCUCGCAUUAUUUUCGACGUGUCAAAUUUCGAUGAGAAGAUAAUUGCAUUUUUCGUAUUUUCCAGCUCUACUAUUCUCUUCUCCUCAUUGAUAUCAUCACAACUCCCAUCGUAUUCCAAAUCACAUAUAUUUUCUGCAACAAAACAAAUCUGGAAAUUUUGCUGAAAAUGAAAUUCAGAAAAUUGCAAACUUGGAAAACAAUUUGUUGUGGGAAUCAAUUGAAUAUCGUUGAAGUUUAUAAUCUGAGCAAUAAUAGUUCAUCAAAUAUCUAG